GAGGCAAACGUUGCCAAAGUAAAAAGAAGCGCGCAACAGUUUGCAGAAAGCAUGAUCGCAGUUAUUGAAGCCAAGAAACAGGAAAUCUUUAAUGAAGCGGAUCAUGAGGCGCAACAAUCCCUGGAACGUUUGCGAAUACAAAGGAUCGAAAUGGAACAGAAAGUCAAAAUGAUCGAAACAGCAGUCACAAAAUUUGAAACGCUUUUAAAGCGUAGCACCAGCGCAGAGCUUGCGGAGUUAGAUAAGGCAAUAAACACAAUCAUCCCGGAAGAGGUCGAUGAUGAGCGCGAACAACUAGACUGUGACCUCGAAGGUCUGCGUCAAUUAAUCUUUGAGGAAAACGAAGCCUUAAAGGAAAAAACAAUACAUGAAGGAAUUGGCCGUGUAUUAAGCUCUGAGUCCAAAGCGGAUCAGUCGACUGCUAAAGGAAAAGGACUCACUGAAGCGAUUAUUGGAAUUCAAGCGAACUUUGUUUUAACAACAAAAAAUGCCAAAGGACAACAAUGUUACGAAAAGGGUGACCGAGUAACUGCGGAAAUAAAAAAUCAGGAAGGCCAUGACUGUGCAACAGAAGUGCGAGUGAAAGAUAACCACGAUGGUAGCUACAAAGUCAGUUAUUUUGUCAAAGAAACCGGAAGGUGCCAGGCAGUAGUCAAAGUGAAUGAGGAAGAAGUUCGAGGCAGUCCUUUCUCGGUUAAAGUUUCACCAAGACAAUUCAGACCCGUGUUAUCUUUUGGACAACAAGGCUCGUCUCCUGGAAUGUUAAGCAAUCCCUGGGGAGUUGCAGUGAAUGAACGUGAUGAAAUUGCAGUGAUUGAGAAGGGGAGCGCCAGGGUUCAGGUAUUCAGUAGUGAUGGAACUUACUUAAGAUCUUUUGGUAGCUAUGGUGAUAAACAGGGAGAGUUCAACUUUCCUACUGGGAUAGCUUUUGAUAAAAACAAUAACAUUAUAGUGGUGGACUGUCAUAACCACCGUGUUCAGUUGUUCAGUGAGCAGGGUGAGUACCUGAGCCAGUUUGGUGGUUAUGGAAAUCUUGAUCACCAGCUGUCUUAUCCUUAUGGCUUAUCUGUAGAGAACGAUGGAAAUAUAAUUAUUGCUGAUUCAAACAACAAAUUGAUCAAGAUCUUUUCUCCUAAAGGCCAUUAUUUAAAUAAAUUCGGGGGUGAGGGUUCUUUAACCGAUCCCGUUCACUGUAUACAGUAUGAAAAAUAUCUCAUAGUGUCAGACAACAAUGAAUAUUGUAUCAAAGUGUUUGAUAGGAAUGGUAAUUUUUUGUACAGAUUUGGAAAGAAGGGGGAGGGGGAUGGGGAGUUCAAUAACCCUCGUUGUUUAACAGUUAACAAGGCAGGACACCUGAUGGUCUGUGAUAUAUUUAAUAACAGAAUUCAGGUAUUUGAUCUUAGUGGAAAGUUUAUAACAAAAUUUGGAUCAGAAGGAAACAAAAAAGGAGAAUUUGAUCUUCCUAUCUCUGCUGCAAUGCUCAGCGAUGGUCGAAUACUUGUGUCUGACAUUUUUAACCAUCGCAUUCAGAUAUUCGAAUAGACUAACAUCAGUAAGCCUUAAAAGAUUUGAAUUAAUUUUAUGCAACUUUUGAACAUGAAACUACUCUGGACAAGUGGUGUAUGUUCUCAGUAAGAAUAUUCUGAAUGGUCUGUUGAACUACAAAACAACCAAUCACAUCACAAAUUUCUGAGAUUGCGCAUUAAAACCCUUUAACUCCCAAGAUCUGAUUGGUCAAUUCUCCCCUCUGGCUGCUACACAUUUCUUUGUGAAUUAGUUACGAGAAUUUGGAGUUAGAUCAAAAUAAGAAC